AUGGCGACUGCGCGUGACGUCGACUUCCGCCGCUCUCACUCUACCCCUUUCCCUAGGAGGCGGCUAGACUCAAUGACGGCUGCGGGCAGAGCGCAUGCGCGGCGGCGGGGCCUGGCCCGCGGCGGCGGCGGCGGCGGUCACCGAGUUUCUCCAGGUUUCACCAGCUCCCACGAAGGGCAGCAGGAUCCGGACCCGAGGGAGUUUGUGUCCAGAGCCCUUUUUCUCGAUGUUUUGAUGUUUGCCUCCCAGACGAUGAGCCCUCUCUGGGUGUUUGAAUAUAUUAAAGGGAUCUGUGAACCUGAACUAGAAGAAAGAGAAUGUUACCCCAAGGCCAUGCACUGCAUUUUUGUUGGGGCAGAGAGCCUGUUUCUGAAGAGCUUAAUUCAGGAUACUUGUGCUGACCUCUGCAUUCUGGACAUUGGCCUUCUUGGCAUCAGAGGAAGUGCUGAGGCUGUGGUCAUGGCUAGGAGUCACAUUCAACAGUUUGUAAAGCUCUUUGAGAAUAAUGAGAACCUACCCAGUAGUCAGAAAGAAUCAGAGGUUAAAAGGGAAUUUAAACAAUUUGUUGAAGCCCGUGCAGACAAUUACACAAUGGAUUUGUUGAUUUUGCCCACUUCCUUGAAAAAAGAACUUCUGACACUCACACAAGGUGAGGAGAAUCUGUUUGAAAUAGGAGAUAAUGACAUUGUUGAAACUAGAGAUUCUCAACAAACAGAGUUUAUACAGAGUGCUGCCACAGGGCUGAAUAUUUCCAGAGAUGAAAUUGUUUUGCAGGAAGAUGCAAGAAAUAAAGCUGGGACUCCUGUUUCCGAGCUUACAAAACAAAUGGACACAGUCUUUUCUAGCUCACCAGAUGUGCUUUUUGUUCCAAUAAAUGGUCUAACCUCAGAUGAAGAGGCACUUUCCAAAGAGAGAGUUUGUCACAAACGAAGAUCUUCUGAUUCUGAAGAAAGGCAUACCAAGAAGCAGUUUUCUUUGGAAAAUGUUCAAGAGGGGGAGCUUUUACAUGAUGGUAAGAUACCAGCUGGAAAUGUAGUUGUUGACCUAUCUGACUCUUCUACUGAUUCUGAAAAUUUAAGUCCAGAUAUAAAAGACACUACUGAGGAAAUGGAAUACAACAUCCUUGUAAAUUUUUUUAAGACCAUGGGCUAUUCCCAAGAAAUUGUUGAAAAAGUCAUUAGGGAAUAUGGGCCAUCUACUGAGCCAUUACUGCUCUUAGAGGAAAUUGAAAAAGAAAAUAAAAGGUUCCAAGAAGACAGAGAAUUUUCAGCUGGUACUAUGUAUGAGACCAACAAAACCAAAAAUAAAGAUGUUUGUAGCAGCGUAAAUGAGCUUACAACAGAUUCUCCUCCAAAGAAAACACAAACUCACACACAGCAUAAUAUGGUAGAAAAGUUUUCUCAGUUACCAUUCAAAGGAGAAGCUAAACCAUGUACCUCAAAUUGCAAAAUUAAUACUUUCAGAACAGUGCCAAUAGAACAGAAGCAUGAAGUCUGGGGCUUAAGCCAGAACUACAUUUGUAACAUAGACCUUGAAACUGAUGGUCUUUCGCCUUCUGUUGCCCCUUCAAGUCCCAAAGAAGUCAAUUUUGUUUCAAGGGGAGCUUCAAGUCACCAGCCCCAAAUUCUGGUUUUUCCUGAAAAUGGUUUACAACAGCAAGCAGAACACUUACUUCCAAAUACUCUGAAAUCUGCCUGUGAAAAACGCUCAGAAUGCUGUAGCUCUCCUCAGUCUAAGACAAAUUGUUCAACCCUUUCUCCACCAAUGGCGUUACCUUCAGUUACUGAUGCAAGGCUGGGAGGACCUUCUGAGCAUAUUGAUUCCUCAGUUACAGGGGUCCAAAGGUUUCGAGAUACUCUGAAAGUACCUUACAAGCUGGAAUUAAAAAAUGAACCAGGGAGAACAGACUUGAAGCACAUUGUUAUAGACGGGAGCAAUGUUGCAAUUACCCAUGGUCUGAAAAAGUUCUUUUCUUGUCGUGGAAUUGCAAUUGCAGUUGAGUAUUUUUGGAAACUUGGCAACAGAAACAUUACUGUAUUUGUCCCUCAGUGGAGAACAAGGCGUGAUCCUAAUGUCACAGAACAGCACUUCUUAACCCAGCUCCAGGAGCUUGGAAUAUUAUCUUUAACCCCUGCCCGGAUGGUCUUUGGAGAAAGAAUUGCUUCUCAUGAUGACAGGUUUCUACUACACUUAGCGGACAAAACUGGUGGCAUAAUUGUAACCAAUGAUAACUUCAGAGAAUUUGUGACUGAGUCAGUCUCUUGGAGAGAAAUUAUUACAAAAAGAUUACUUCAGUAUACAUUUGUGGGGGACAUAUUUAUGGUUCCUGAUGAUCCUCUGGGAAGAAGCGGACCUCGAUUAGAAGAAUUUCUUCAGAAGGAAGUUUUUCUUAGAGAUAUGCAGUCCCUACUUGGAGCCCUGCCAAAUGUGGGUAUGUUUGACCCCAGCUUCAGAGGCCCUGGCACACAGGCAGCCAGCACCAGCCACCAGCCUCCAACCCGGAUUCAGGGAGCCCCUCCAAGCCACUGGCUUCCUCCUCAGCAGCCCCACUUCCCACUCAUGCCGAACCUUCCCAAUAUCCAGCAGAAUCUGCCUAUGCCAGCACAGAGAUCUUCUGCAGAAACCAACGAGCUGAGGGAAGCCCUUCUGAAGAUCUUCCCUGACUCAGAGCAAAGACUGAAGAUUGACCAGAUCUUGGCGGCCCAUCCGUACAUGAAAGAUCUGAAUGCACUCUCUGCCAUGGUGUUGGACUGAAGAUUGUGCUGAGCAUCUUGAGCUCAGGGCCAUCUGAUCAAACUCAAGCUCAUGCCUGAUGGGAACUAAUAUAAUGUGAAGAAGCCUCUUUACCAGUGUAAACGCUCUUGUAUAGAAAAAAAAAAAGUUUUGUGUAUAAAAAAAAUCUGGGUUUUCAAAACCAGCUUUUUUCUAUAUAUGAAUUAUGCUGCUAUUACAGAUUUAACAUUUUCUGUAAAAGGAAAGUCUACAUUUUCUGCCUGUUCAGAACUGUUUAAUAGCAGUUACUCUUGAGUGUAUUUACAUUUUUAUGUUUUUUAAACUAUUUUCCUUAAAGCUGAAAAUAAUGACAAAUGGAUAUGGUUAGCCUUUCUAAAUAAAAAGAGUUGCUUUCUUAAGGAAAGCAAGACCUCUUAAAGUAUA